UUAGACCUGGACGCCGGAAACCACGGGGCAGUCAAGUCUUGAUUUUCAAGGAGAAAGCCUCGGGUAAACAUUCGCUCCCCGCCAGGAGACCGGUAGGUUCCUAGGAAGAGUUCUCAAACCUUCAAGAUUCCUAGGCUGCUUGCAAAAAAAAAAAAAAAAAACCCUCAUCUCUUGAAGCCCCAGAACGGUGUAUUACAGGAAUUGAAAAGCGUUGGUGGCUCUGGAUGAUUACUGUUUGGUGUGCGCCCACAUAUCCAGGCUAGGGGAACGAGCAGAGGAGCCCCCCUUUCUUAUCUUUUGAAAUAAGAUCAGAGGCGAAGACGGGAAUUCAACAGUGGAUUGGCGCGGGGGAGGAGGGUCCUGUAUCUGUCUACCACUUCUGGUCUGGAUUUUUAUAGCGAUCGAGGAGUGCAGUGAAUUUCGGAAGCCAUGCAAAGUUUCCUUGAAGCCUGUUCUGGAACCUAGUUUCCAGACCCCAAAAAAACUUUUCCAAAGACAGACCAGCGGUGCCAGGCUGUUUGGAUGGACCACAAUCUGGAUGAGACCAGGUUUUAAGCCUCAUUUUCGGUUGAGAGAUUAAUUUCUUGAGUGAUCUAUUUGCUUUUCGGCAAAUUGAUGGAGAAACGGAAGUCAGCCGGACUGCUGACCCUUCAGUAUGCGCUGCGCACCGCGCCCCUGGGCGUGCCAGGGACCCUGCCUCUGCUCCCGCCGAGGGACCCCUUCAGGGUUUCAGUGCGUCUGGACGCCGCGUGCUGGGAGCGGGCGCAGCGGGGCUGCGCGCCGGGACGGCCGCGCCCGCCCCCACCGCUGCGCGGCGCCCUGGAGCCCGCCUUCCUCCGCCAGCGCAACGAGCGCGAGCGGCUGCGGGUGCGCUGCGUGAACGAGGGCUACGCGCGCCUCCGAGACCACCUGCCGCCGGAGCUGGCCGCCCGGCGCCUCAGCAAAGUGGAGACGCUGCGCGCCGCCGUCAGCUACAUCAAGCACCUCCAGGAGCUGCUGGAGCGCCACGCGCGCGGACACGAGGGCCCGGCCGGCCCCCAGCGCAGGGCCGAAUGCAACAGCGACGGCGAGUCCAAGGCCUCGUCGGCGCCCUCGCCCUGCAGCGAGCCGGAGGGUGCGGGCUAG